AUGGACGACGAGCUAGUGCGCUCGGCGAUAGACUACUUCGAGCUCACCGAGAUCAACAGCAAGCCGGCGCCGGGGCGCAUGCCAGAGACGGAGCUGCGGGUGAUCAGUUGGCUUGGCAUGCCGGUGUACGACGUGGACUUCGGGUGGGGGAAGCCGCUGGCAAUGCUGCGUGCAGUGUCGGAGCGCGCCGGGUUCGUCUAUCUGAUGGACAGCAGGAAGGGGGACGGCAGCGUGCGCGUCCUCAUGUGUACGGAGGCCGCGAUCCUCAACGACUUCCAGCGCCUACUGUACGCCCGGUUCUAG